AUGCGAGAUUUGUUCUGUCAUGUCUCCUCUCACCACCACGGCCGCCUGUUGCUGUGCUAUGUUACUAGCUGGAGUCAGCAUCGGCCACCGCCCUACAAUUUCCGUCUGGAGGACUCGCCGCCGGAAAUGUGCACGCACCUCGUGUACGCGUUCGCCGGCGUCGAUGCGGACACUAGCGAGCUCGUUACUGUGGAUCACUCCGACAUUGACAACUUUCAACAAUUAAAGAGCAUCAAAGACCAGAACCCUCAUUUAAAGACAAUUCUAGCCGUUGGGGGUUGGGAACACGGAAGUCGGCCAUUUUCGAUGAUGACAUCAUCUUUUGAAACGAGGCAGGUUUUCAUCAACCAAUCAGUGGCCUUCCUUACAAAACACGGACUAGAUGGGCUAGAAAUAUUCUGGGAAUACCCUACGAAUUAUGAACGAGGAGGAUUAUGGGAGGACAAGCAAAACUUCGCAGACUUGCUUACGGAAAUGGGUCCGGUGUACCGGAAGGCCGGUCUCAUACUAUCGGCAGCGGUACCGAGUGCACGAUGGAUCAUCGAUGCCGGAUACAACCCAGAAGUCAUGCAGAGAGAGCUGGACUUCGUGUCCGUUAUGACUUACGACCUACACGGCUCCUGGGAGACCACAGUUGGCCACCACAGUCCCCUCCGAUCCUCCGACAAACUCAAUAUGAAAUCCGUUGCCGAAUACUGGGUUUCAAAAGGUAUGAGUAAGGAAAAACUUGUCAUUGGUCUCCCUCUGUACGGAAGGACGUUCCAGCUGGCCAGCCCUUAUCUCACGGCCCCAGGGUCAGGGGCGGUUGGCCCAGGGAGCCCUGGGAAAUACACGGACGAACCGGGAUUCCUGGCGUACAAUGAGGUCUGCGAGCUUCUGUCCUCGGAGCAGGCGGACUUUCGGCGCCACUGGCUGCAACAAGCGGACGUGCCCUACAUGGAGGACGGACAGGACUGGGUGGGGUACGACGACCCCGACAGCAUCACCGCAAAGGUUGCCUGGCUGAUUGGGGAAGGGUACGCUGGUGCCAUGGUGUGGACGCUAGAUAUGGACGACUUCCGGGGUGCCUGCCCCCUCUCUCGGGCACCUUACCCCAUGAUAAACCGUAUACACAGGCUACUCAAAGGAGAGAACGGUACAGUGGGUCAAACGUGCAAAGAAGAUGGCGUCAUGGGUUACCCUUGUGAUGACGUCAGCGCCACGUGCUCCGCUGAGACUAACGUCUGCGUUUGUUCCUCGCCCACUGUUUCAGAUGGGCUACAAUGUCUAAAACAGAGCGGUCUAGAGGAAGCCUGUGACACAAAAUUCCCAACCCCCUGUCUGGGGGAGCAAACAAGAUGUUCCUUGGAGGGAAACUGUGUCUGUGUCACCGGCUUCAAGCCCUUGCAGGGACAGUGUUUUCCGCAGCCGCUAUCCACAGACGCACUGCCACCGGAUGUUGGAUCCUCCACGGACGCACUGCCGCAUGAUCGUGGGCCCUCCACAGACGCACUGCUUUCUAAAGUUUGGUCCUCCACAGACGCAACGCCAGCGGAUGUUGGGCUCUCAACAGACGCACCGCCAACGAAUGUUGGGUUCAAAGAUUUGCAGAUUUCAGUAGACACAGGGGCUACAACAGCAUCCGAGGAAAGAGAAGAGUGGGAUAGGCCCCCUGGUACAGAUGCCAAUGGCGAUGUCGGCGCAAGAAUUCCAUAUUGA